UAGACUUAGUAGCAUAGUAGGUAAUCGUGAAAGAAAAAAUAUCUAGAUUAAAGGCUGUGAUAUCAUUGAAAUAAAUAGAUAGAUUAAAGGCUGUAAUAUCAUUAAAAUAAAUAGAUAGAUUAAAGGCUGUAAUAUCAUUGAAAUAAAUAGAUAGAUUAAAGGCUGUAAUAUCAUUGAAAUAAAUAGAUAGAUUUGGGUUCGUUUAGACUUGAUUUGAGGUUACAGUGGAAUCAUGUGACUUUCUCAGUUUUCUAACUUCAUUUCAGAUUGAUUUUAACUCUCUAUUUAAUAGAAACACCUGUGUUGACAUCUGGUUGCAGCAUGAGCUCUGAUUGUGCAAGGAUCACGUGUUCUAAAGGAGAAAGUCCGAUCUGCUAUCAGUCAAAGUGUCUAUGUAGACGUCACCAGGGAUAUUGUUCGACAGAUGUUGAAUGUGGAUAUGGUGAUUGUGGACCGGAUUAUCGACAUCAUUGUCAUCAGGAAACCCACACAUGUGGAUGCAUACAUGCCUCACAUCACGAUAUUGUACGAUGUACUGGAGAUGGCGACUGUAGAUAUCUACACUGUGAACAUCAUCAUGACCAUUACCAACGUAUCUGUGACAGUGGGGAAUGUCACUGCAUGAAGACUAUACAUGUCCCAGAGUGUGAUCACCACCAUGAAAACCACUGUCCCAGGACCAUGUGUGCUUCCUCAUACACUACUGUCUGUUUACAGUACCAAUGCACCUGUUUAAGAGAACCUCGUUCCCAGGUCUGUCAUUCAGACGCCGACUGUAAUAGAAUACACAACUGUAGCUCACAUCAUUCGCCGCGGUGUGUCCGAGCAGUUUGUACUUGUGUUGAUGAUACAACCACAGAUCCUCGAACACCCGUAGUUACAAGUGAGAUGCCAACAGUUAGUACAACCACAGAUCCUCGAACACCCAUAGUUACAAGCGAGAUGUCAACAGCCCUACAAUAUACCACUACCAAGAUGUCAAUGCCCACAGUGUCCGGAACGACACCUCACGUACUGUGUCCUGAAUGUAACGAGGUAUUAAACUGCACUUGGAAGAGAACGUGUCCACCGUCACAAACUUGUAUGAUUCGUUCCUACAGUGGCUUUAACUUUACAGUCCACUGCUCUGUGAGGGACGAUUGCCACUUUAUACAAUCAGUCCUGCCUACGUCAGAGAUAUAUUGCUGUGACGACAGCCAGUGUUUACAUACAUAUCUCGGAAUCUGAAUAAAAAUAUGAUGAAAUAUC